CAUCCCUCGACAUGAAUCCCGACUACCUCUAGAGCACACAUCCUACACACACAGAGACACAAGAUGAGCUCGCUAGAAAAUGAACCACCACCGAUGUCGUUCGCCGAUCCGGCACCACCGCCUUGGCGACGACCCCUUGCCCACCCGCUAGCGACACACGCCGGAGAUCUAGGUUUCCCGGACCACCACCCAGCGAGACCGGGUUAUGAUCAGAAAGAAGACCUCCUCACCCCUCUCUCCGCCAGGCAGGGGUACGCUCCUCCCAACCCUGAUCCUCCGGGUCCUCUGCCUGCCCAUAACAGCAGCGUCAACAGCAACAACAACAAUGACAUCUCCAAGACCAAGAACCGAGAUGACAUCAUCGCGCAAAUGACGCAAGGGAGUAAUACCAGACCGAUCGGCCUCAACCUCAAACCCAUGCAUCUUGCCCAACAACCUACCACCAAUAUCCAGCAACCGCAACCACCGGCGUCUCGAUGGGGUCCUCCGAUCACGAUCGGCAUAGAGACUGUCAGUCUGGCAGGACCGAUCUAUGAGAAGCUGAAAAAGGAGGGGACGGUCGGGAGGUUGGAAGCGAUGGCGAGGGAUGUGGAGAGGGAGAUGGCCAGGAUGAGAGGGGGAAGUGAAGAUGAGGGCGGGGUACCACCCCACACUUAUCGUCCCCCGACUCGGACCAUCCACAACCCGCUCAUGCGUUCCAACUUCCUGACUGCGCUCGCCAACCCCGCUGUCCCCCUGUCCGGCUCGAAACUCGGGAAUGUCAACGUACCGCAUGGGAUCAAGGGAGAAGGCAUGUUGGAGAUCGGGUGGGAGAGGGGAGUGGCGGUAGCGAGGAUGGGGUGGUUGAUAGGGGUAGUAGGGGGGUUGGAGGUGCAAUCGUUACGAAACCGACCAGGCGGACCAACAGCUACCCCGAGCUCGAGGUCUGUGCCCGUGCUCGGAUCUGGUCCAGGUUCUGGCUCGGCUGCCAGUCCGAACACGAAUACUUUGACCCCCGGGUCUACCAAUACUCCCGGUAACCCAAUCUCGGGUUCAGGUGCAACAACGAUGUCGGCGGAAGAGACGUAUACGCUCGAAUUCACCCGGACGUGUUUAGGAUGGAUCAAGAAGCACCUGAACGAGAUCGUACCCGGACCUGCGUCUGCAUCGGCAACGACAGCGUCGGCAGCGUCGGUAUCGGCCGGGGAAUGUCUUCUGGAUGACGAGGGGAAGAGGAAGGUCUGGGUGGAGAAAUGGGAAUACAUGCAAUCACUGAUGAUCCACCUGAAAGACCGAUCUUUCCUCGACUCCCUGACCAUGCUCAGGUGGUUUACGCUCGAGAUCCAGUCGACGCACUUGGUACCCCUCACGUUCAUCCUCGACCUGUUGGACGGGAUGAAACGCGCCGUAUUGAGACCGGUCUUGUUGGCGGACAAGGUGUGGGGGAGGAGGUUGAUCAGGGCUUGUCUGGACAGACUGGGGGGUGUGAAAGGGCUGGGGUUGGGGGAGGCUACGGAAGGGUUGGAGAGGUUUUUGGUCGGGCUGGUUAGGACGGCCUGGAUGAUCGAUCGUGACUACUUUCUAUCACCCCGCACCUGGAGGGCGCACAGGGAUACCUUGCACAGCCUCGUCUUGCCUCCCCGACCGACCGGGACCGUCCCGGACACCCGUCGACGGCGCAUGGAAGCCGAUUUUGAGAGGCUCGAACGGACAAACGACUGGUUAUCGAUGCGCAUCUCGAAACCGGCCGAUCGACCCGCUGUCGACCGGGAAAAAGACAGGCAGAAUAUGGUAGAUCAUGCACCUACACCGACGUCGGUAAGCAAGGUGUUGGACAACAUCGGUCGUCCUGACGGGGUCAAGGGGACGGCGAGGGUGUUGUUCGGGAACGAUCCGUUUGGCAAAGAACGCCGCACCGGGACCAGGGCGAGAAUCAAGGACGUCUUGGAAUGGAUGACGCAGAGGGCUGCGAUAGACCCUCGAUCUAUCAUCACCGGCGUCGCUAUCGUACGAACCGUUGUACUGGACGACUUUCCGGUCGACGUGCCACUCGCACUCGACCAGGCGAAGGAGAGGAGCAGAAGGUAUCAUCUCGUCUCCGAAGUCGUUCUCGAUUGGAUCCGGGAGAUGAGCAAAGACACGAGUCGACAUUCGGGUGCACAGAUCGAUUCUAUGGUCCAAGUCUUGGGUCGACUGAUCCGGGUGGGACUCUUCGAAUACCAAGAUUACCUCGGUCACAUGGUCUCGAUCGGUGGGCAGGGCGAACCUAUCGACCGGACGUUUGACCGAGAGAUCCUCGCCAGACUUCCAUGGCACGAAGAGAACGCGUCGGCCGAGUUUCAACGUCGAAUGCUGCUUUACGGAUCAAAUCCGGAGCUUCAGCAGCAGGAAGAUGAAGAGGUCGAGGGUUAUGAAAGCGGGCUGAGAGAAUACCUUGCCGACUGGUUAAUGAACGACGGCGAACAUGUUGUCGGCGAUAGCCUGCUGCCGGUAGCGACCCUCGCCUCGACUCGCUGGCGUGCUUGGACGCGCGUCAGAAUCGAAGUUGUGAAACGUAUCCGAGCGCUCGAGGAUGAUGGCAAACUCGGCGGUUCUUGCCUGCCACGGAUGUUUCUGGCGAGCCUGAGCGUGCUCGACUAUGAGCUCAUUCUCGAGCUCGUUGACCGUAUCGCCGACAUACCGGCCAGCAAUGAUCGGGUCCAGCUCGCCUGCAUACAAGCGCUCGAGGGCAAUACGGUAGUCUGGGACGCUCUCGAUGUCGCCGACAAGGCCAAGUCUCUGGCGCAGACAUUGCAACGUCAACGGUCCGAUACGAUUGCGCGUAGAUAUAUGCCAUCGCAAGCCGAACAGGAUUUGAAUCAGCUAUUCGAUGCCAAUAUUCCCGCCGAACCGUCCGAUUCGAUCACGUCAACCACUCAACUCUUCCGUGACGUGGUUGAAAUCCACCGUCAACCUAGUCUGGAAGCUGUUGACCGCCUCGCCGAAGGUCUGGUCCGAGAGUUUCCCCGUGAUGGUCAGGUUGGCGAGCAGGUUUGGAACCUCGCCCUUGCAGGUCUCGCUGACCUGGAUAUCACCUUGCUACAACCGGAAGGUGACAACAAGACGGUCGAAGCAACGUUCCGAUUACUGCAAAGCCUGGGGGAGCAUUACCCGGGCGUGAUGGAUCUUGCGUUUCGAAAGUGGGCCCGAUCCAUUUUGAGAAAACCCACUGUUGCCACGGUCAACGAACAGUCAUGCUCGCUCCUGCUCGAACUGGUCGCCCAGCGAGUCAUACCGAUCCGUAGCGUACUCGAAGCACUGCUCCUCCCACUCUGGCGAUCCAUGGCCGCCUUCGUUAGCAGUGCAAAUCAGGCUGUGCCGGAACAAUCCCGUUUCGUGUCUGUGCUUUCACGGGCCAUCUUCCAAACUCGAACCUCGGAUACUGCCAUGAGUGUGUUCACCCGGCUCGGCCUGGGCACCGAGCUCGAGCUGGCUUUCAAGGAACCUAGCAUCGCCACAGCGGUCGUCAAACACUUGCCGUUUCUCGGCAUCAUUGCUGUUGACACCAAAUCGAACCGACACAUGCCACAGUUCUUGCAAGAGCUCUGUCAAGUCGUGCCCCUCAAGGUGUUCGCUUUUCGCGAACAGGCUGUUGUUCGUGAUGCCGUUGCCAAAUCACCGUUCAGUUGGGAAGGUCAUUACGAGGCUAAAGAGCUGGUCGAAGCUUGUGUGCAGGAUCUGCUGAGCGCCUCCAUUAUGGUCGGUCAAUCGACACUCGAUACGUUUCCUCAAGACUGGCCAAACCUGACGGUAGUGGCGGAUGCCGAGCUCAGAACUCGGUUACAAGCCGCUCUAAGCCGUACUCUUUCAGCUUGUCAAUCCGCCAAUACGGUGCCAGGCGAGAGUUUAUUGGUCCUGUUCGAUACACCGUUGACGAUGGCACACAAGACGCUGUUGUACGGGGCGUUUGGGGAGUCGAGCUUGUCGACGGUACGGGGGUUCCUGGUCCAAGCCUUGACGCACCUGACUGAAAUGUACCUCAUCGCGGGGGACGACGGUGGCCUGUCUUCUGCGCAAAUGUCGGUCCGUGCCAGAGAUAUCGUCUGGAUGCUAGCAUGCGCAUGGACAGCCAGCGAUUCUGCCGUCACGGACGAACCAAACUCGAGUGCUCACGCCAUAAGUGGCGAGACGUUGGUUGCAUCACUGAGCCUCGUCCUCAAAGCUCUCAGUCAGGCACCUGGAUCUAGCUCGUCCCGUAGAUCUGUUGCCGAUGGUGUCAGGCUCGCUACAAUUCGAGCCUUUCGUCAUUUAGACGGGGCUGAGCUGGGCGAGGGCCACAUUGGGGCACGGUUGUACGAGUUGCUGGUCGCUUCCGCAGCCAAGGAAGACAUACUUGCCUAUGUCCUUGAUGAGCUUCCCGACCCCCAAAUCGAUCCCACGCUCACCUACCUCAAGUCGCAACUCGCCACAACGCAUUUGAAUACCACUUCCUCUACUGAUUUGUCAUCUGGCCUGGAGACGAAUCCUUACUUCAACUCUGUCUGGGAAAACAUCUCCACCCGAACAUAUGACGACCCUUACGAAAAGACAUCUCUCGAGAAUUCCGAUACUCUGAACAUAGCUUUGUUCAACCCGAGUUACUCUCACGAGCGCGCUACGACGCUUCCAAUCGACCUCGCCUCUAUUAUGCGCCGGCCGGCUACCGAGCGUGAUCUGGACGUCGGCACGACCACGCUUUCUCUCUUCACAAGGAGCAGAAUGUAUGACCUUUACGACCCUUACGCAAUCGACAGAUUCGAGACUGGAAUGGAGGACGAGAACGAUAGAUCCGCCCUCGACCGUGCUCCGGCAAACAUGCCGACGGGGCGCGCGGAGCGAUCGACAUCGGGGCAUCCCCGCGGAUAUGGAAACGAUCCAAUCGAAAUUGACGACAACAGUCCGCCGAGCGAGGUCCAGUCGACCAACGCCAUGCAGGUGAACAAUAACAGCGGCAACAAAUCCAGAAAACGACCUUAUCCGCAAGAGAGCCCUGUCAAGCAGCCAACAUCGCUUCCAUUAUCACAGCACAGAAAGAUAGAGCGCAAGGGAAGCGGUUCGGCAGGGAAAGCAAUUGUACCGCUCAGAAAGGGCAAGAUCAAGAAAGAUUGAAUCCAGCAAUGUACGGUGUGAUGAACACAAGGAGCCUCUGUGGUCUUUACCCGAAACGCUCGCUUCGGACUCGCCACUUUCUU